AUGGAUAAGAAGCACGGUUUGUUCUCCAAGUCACAUUCCCGGCGAUCGCGAUCCAAGAGCCCAGUGAGAGGCGUCUCUCCGAUCAUCAUCCGUCGCCGGAAAGGUCGUUACGUCUCCCAACCGGACCGGCACAUGUCUGAGAUGCUUCCUCCGGUUAUAGAAGGUCCUGAUCCAGACGGGGAUGACUCCGGAAGCAGUGGAGAUUACUCGAGGUUCGAGAGACGGUGGUACAAUUGGAUGAAAUGUCAGCUUCCGGUUGCUCCGCCUUCGGUAUCUUCCUCUUCCGACUUCAAACGGACGGAUCUGAGGCUCCUUCUCGGUGUCCUUGGCGCACCACUAGGUCCUGUCCACGUUAGUGCUCUGGAUCUCCUUCCACACCUCAGCAUCAAGAACACUCCCAUGGAAACCUCCUCCGCGCAGUACAUCCUUCAGCAGUAUACGGCUGCAUCAGGUGGACAAAAGCUGCAUAGUUCUGUGCAAAAUGGAUAUGUCAUGGGAAGAAUCAGGACGGUGGCCUCUGAGUUUGAGACAGGCUCAAAGGGCUCAAGAAGCAAGAAUAAUUCGUCGAAAGCUGUUGAGUCUGGAGGAUUUGUGUUGUGGCAUAUGAACCCUGACAUGUGGUACAUGGAGCUUGUUCUUGGUGGGAGCAAGGUCCUUGCGGGUUGCGACGGGAAGCUUGUGUGGAGGCACACACCAUGGCUUGGGCCUCAUGCUGCAAAAGGCCCGGUUAGACCAUUACGACGUGCUCUUCAGGGACUUGACCCAAGAACCACAGCGAAUAUGUUUGCAAAUGCGAGGUGCAUAGGAGAAAAAAAGAUCGAUGGAGAAGACUGUUUCAUUCUCAAGCUAUGUGCAGACCCUGCAACACUCAAAGCUAGAAGCGAAGGGGCAUCAGAGACCAUAAGACAUACCUUGUUCGGUUACUUCAGCCAAAAAACCGGUCUUCUUGUUCACUUAGAAGACUCGCAGUUAACCCGAAUCCAAAACAUCGGAGGCGAAGCGGUUUACUGGGAGACGACCAUCAAUUCAUACUUAGAAGACUACAAACCCGUUGAAGGUAUUGUGAUAGCUCACUCUGGUAGAUCCGUGGCUACACUUUUAAGGUUUGGAGAUAUGUCAUCGGGACAUAACACGAAGACCACAAUGCAAGAAGCAUGGGUCAUCGAUGAGAUUGCGUUCAAUGUCCCUGGUUUGUCUAUGGAUUGCUUCAUUCCACCUUCUGAGCUCAGAUUCGAUUCCCACGUUGAAGACUUAUCUCAAGGCCCCAAAAUUAAGACAAUGCAGGGCUCAGUAGCGACACGCCAGAAAAAUGGCUGA